AUGGCUGGGAAGAUGUCCGCCCUGUUUGUUGUAUGUGUGGCGCUACUCGCGCUGAGCCCUACCCAGGCUGCCAGAGACAUCGUGGACCUGCAGGAGUUUGGUUUGGGACGCGUGGACAUGGGGGCCCUGCGGAAGCUGACGCAGUUUAACUUCGGGUCGGACUCGCCCUCGGGCACCGACGGCUCGGGUUUCGACUUCCCUGGGAACAACCCAUCUUCCCCCCCGGAGGCGUCGUCCCCUGCUUCCGUGCCCAGCCCCCCUUCCAGCCCUUCCCCUAGCCCCGCCUCCGCUCCCACCGGUGUGUCCGCUUCUGACAACGGUGAUGGCACCGUCACCGUGUCCUUCUCCAGCUCCGGCAGCAGCUUUGUGGCCGAGGCAGUGCCCGCGGGCAGCAGCCAGGGCAGUGCCAGCAACCCCUCUAAGUCGGGAAGCUCCAGCCCAAUCACCCUGUCCACCUCUGACGGUCUGGAGUCCGGCACCACCUACACCUUCUACGUCACCCUGAACUCCGACGGCCAGUCCCUGGCCAACCUGGGCAUCGCCUCCAACCUGGGAGGCGACGACACCGAUGGCGAGGUGGACAAGGCCUUUGUUGGCAGCGUGUCCGAGGCCAGCACCCCUGCCGACGUGGCGGCUCUCGUCGCUGGUAAGUCCGGCUCCGUCAAGUCCUGCGGCGUGGCCUUUGCCGCGGGCAUCAAGUCCGGCAAGAGCGUGACCACCCUGUGCCACGGGUGGGGCACGGCCGUGAUCGAGGCCGUGAAGGAGGGUAAGACCAAGGACGCGCUGAACAUCUGCUCCUCCUCCGUCAUUGGCAUCGUGCUGGUCUCCGUCAACGUCAGCGUCACUGUGGCCACCCAGGCCUGCAGUGAGCUGGUCAUCUUCAUCAUCUCCUCCGGCAGCUGCACUGUCAUCGUCAAGCAGUUCAUCCUCAACCUGUUCAGCAUCAUCAUCUCCAUCUCCACCAAGAGCACGGCCUUUGUCAUCGCCUGA